AUGAGAUCUCGCAACAUUUUGCCUUUGUGGCUCCUUUGGCUAACUCAGGGACAAGUUUCAGCCCUGCCACAAUCCGACCAGGAUUCCUCAAAGUCCCUGAACGACGAGGUGAUAGGAGAUAUCCAAACAUCUACUUUUGAGUACCCCACAACUUACGCCAAGGAAGACAUUAUUCCAGUCACCGAGACCGUCAAGGUUAGCACCAGCAAGGUCGGCACUACUGCAACCGCUCAGAUUCUACCAUCUCUCUCCGACGUCGAGCCUCACACAGAGGGUUUCAUUGUCACGGAUCUUUAUAACCCUUUCUUCACUAAGCCAGCCGUCUUGAGCACUUCGAUUCCCAGCCCAACAAGCCUUCUGAAGCCUGUUAAAACUACUACCAAGAACGCAGAACCUUCUGGCCUAUCCAAGAUGGCUGCUGCUGCUGAUAUCUUUGCGAGCCCCAUCGACACGGGCGCUCCUCUGUCCAUGUUCGCGAGGAAGGACACUCACCCAGUUUCCAAGGAUGCCGUUAAGCAAAACUCCCCUAUUGGAACCAACAAAUUCUACUCCAACUUCUAUCUCGAGGAUCAGAACACUCCCGUUUAUACCUAUCCUUACUCUCUCACAUGGGCCAAGGGCACAGGCCCAUCAGCAAGCUGGGGCAUGUCCAUCUCGCACAUCGAUGCAGAUAAACGUGCAUACGGUCCAGUUGGAGCUAAUGGCGCCGUUGAAUUCUACACCAACCCGGUUAGCAUCCAGCCCAUGGUUAUAUCAGCUAAGGAACUCGGUAAGAACACUGUUCUGACCAUGGACUCCAUCAGCCCUCAUUUUGCCAAGGCAUACCUUCGAAAGGACAGCAAAUCAGCCGCUACAAUUACUUUCCCUCUUUACCAAGGCAGCGUUUUCACAACUGCCUACUUCAGCGGCGGCACGCCCUGGAUUCAGUCCGGUGUUUACUUUCGAACUAUGACUCAGGUGACAAAGGACCCCAAGACCGACGUGCGCAAGUAUAACUUCGUCCUUGAGGAUGGAACUACAUGGCGCCUUUAUGCCUACAAGACCAAGGGUGACCCUCUUACCCUCAAGGUUACCAACAACGGUCUGGCUGUUUCACAGAAGCCCUUCUACGGCCAUAUCCAGAUUGCCAAGGACCCCAAGGUCGGCCAGUCCGAACAGGUCCUUGACAACGGUUGUGGUAUCUAUGCAACUGGCAUGACAAUUAGCGGUAACAACGUGGGCACUCAAGGCACUUACAAGUUCACCUGGACCAAAGCUGGCCACGCGACUGGAAAGCUCUGGAUCUUUGCUCUUCCCCAUCACAUCAGCUCGUUCGAUGCUGCAACCACGAAGGAGAUGAGGACAUACAGUAUGCAGACGCUUACCAAGGGUGUGGCCAAGGCCGUUGGAGGUAACUCGUGGACCAUGAUCGAGCCAUCGCUACCCGUUAACAUGGGAUUUGCUCCAUGGGAUCCAGCUAAGGGCAGUCGCGGUCUUUCUGCUAAUGCCAAAAAGAUCAUUGCACCUAUCGCUAAGUCCGAGGUUUCCCAAGAUAUGGAUGCCCAGUCCAACACCGACUCGAUGUACUUCUCCGGCAAGGCCCUAGCAAAGUUUGGAUCCGUCGUUUAUGUCAUCAACAACAUGCUAGGCGAUACGGCGUUAGCACAAGCUGGUUUGGAAAAGCUCAAGACAGCAUUUGCCCGAUUCGGUUCAAACAAGCAAAAAUUCCCGCUUGUUUAUGAAUCUGUUUGGGGUGGAAUUGUAUCCACUGCAUCCUACGUGUCUGGAUCAGCUGGAUCCGACUUUGGCAACACCUACUACAACGAUCACCACUUCCACUUCGGGUACCAUGUCCUCACGGCUGCCUAUAUCGGAUCGAUGGAUAGCAAGUGGCUUGCUGCCAACAAGGCAUAUGUCAACACGCUCGUCCGUGACUAUGCAAACCCCAGCAGCAGUGAUAAGUACUUCCCCCAGUGGCGAAGCUUUGAUUGGUAUCAUGGACAUAGCUGGGCUCAUGGCCUGACCCCCAUGUGGGAUGGUAAGGACCAAGAGUCAAGUUCCGAAGAUAUGAUGUCUGUUUAUGCUAUGAAGAUGUGGGGCACUGUGAUUAAGGACACUAACAUGGUCGCGAGAGCCAAUCUCCAGCUUGCAGUCAUGUCACGAGCUAUGCAAGCAUACUACUACUACACCACGACUAAUACCGUUCAACCUAAGAACUUCAUCGGCAACAAGGUGGCAGGAAUCUUGUUUGAGAACAAGGUUCAUCACACGACUUGGUUCAGUGCAGAUAUCGAGGCGGUACAGGGCAUUCACAUGAUCCCCAUUCUCCCGUUCUCCAACCUUGCUCGAACAGGAACGUUCGUUCAACAGGAGUGGGACACUUACUUUAAUAAGGGACGUGUCGACAAGUUUAACAACUUAUGGAAGGGUAUCAUCUAUGGCAACUACGCAACCAUCCAGCCCAAUGCCGCAUGGUCCUUCUUUACACAAUCCAAAUUCGAUCCUAUCUGGAUUGAUGGCGGAGCUUCAAGAACGUGGUAUAUGGCAUAUGCCGCAGCAUUGGGUAGCAUAUAA